CGCGCUUUGAUUGGUUAUAUUCAGGUUUCGCGGAACCGGUGUUCUUGUUCGUCGGCCAAGACCAAGGUCGAUCCCCAAGCAGAUCCAUGGGCGAAUCCAAGGAAAAGGUGAGCUGCCAGUACUGUACGCGCGACCUCACGCGCCUCAUCCGCAUCACGUGCGCCGAGUGCGCGCCCGAAAAGGGCCCGCUCGUGCUCUGCAUCGAGUGCUUCUCGGUCGGCGUCGAAGACGUGCCCGGCGCGCCAGAGCACCGGAAGGACCAUCCGUACCGCGUCUCCGACUGCUUGGCGUACUCGAUCUUGGAGCCCGAGUGGACCGCCGACGAAGAGCUGCUAUUGCUCGAGGGCAUCGAGAUGUUUGGCAUGGGCAACUGGAAGGACAUUGCCGAGCACGUGGCGUCCAAGUCGGACAAGAAGUGCGAAGCGCACUACGUGACCGAGUACCUCAAGCUGCGCCACACCGGUGACGAGCCAUCGCCGGCCAAGGCCAAGCCACCCGUUGCUGCGGUCGCCGACGACGAUAAGGAAGAGAUGGGCGGCGCCCUCGCCGGCUACAUGCCGCUUCGCGGUGACUUUGACGUCGAGCACGAGAACGACGCCGAGCUCAUCUUGGCCGACAUGGAGUUUCACGACGACGACCACCCGACCGAGCGCGAGCUCAAGCUCAAGGUCAUUGCGAUCUACAACGCCAAGCUCGACGAACGCGAGCGCCGCAAGAAGUUUGUCAUCGCGCACGGCCUCCUCGACUACAAAAAGUACCAGCAAGUCGAGCGCCGCCGCCCCAAGGAAGAGCGCGAGCUCAUCGCCCAAGUCCGGCCGUUCGCUCGGUUCCACUCCAAGGAGGACCACGAGACGUUCGUGUCGGGUCUCCUCGCCGCGAUGCGCCUUCGCAAGCAAAUCGCACUGCUCCAAGAGUACCGCAAGCGCGGGAUUCGAACUCUCGCCGAAGCCGAAAUGUACGAGCUUGACAAGAAGAAGCGCGAGACCGAGCAAGCGCUGCAAAAAUCGCGGGAAAGUGCUGCGUACCUCUACGACUCGUCGCGCGGCCCGACCGCCAACCGGCAGCGCAACAGUCGGUGGCUCUCGCGCGAGCAGGACGGCGAGAGCGCGAGUGGCAUCAUUGACGGUGCACCCGGCGCGCACCUUUUGACGCCCAAGGAGAAGGAGCUCUGUGCGCGUCUCCAGCUGUUGCCCAAGCAGUACCUUGUCAUCAAGGACGUCCUCGUGCGAGAGAGCUACCGUCUCGGUCAUCUGGAUGCCAGCACUGCCGCCAACAUGAUUCAAAUCGAUGCGACCAAGACAGGCCAGAUUUACGAGUUCUUUGUGCACGCCGGCUGGGUGCGCAAGGACGGCAACGCGACGCUGACCAAGCUCGGCGAGGCGCCGACGCCGGACGAGUCGCCGGCCGCCAAAAAGCAAAAGACCGAGCUUUAACCUCUGUCAACGCUGUCGAUAUCGUGCUUGUAUUGUCUA